UAAUACUUAAUAAUAUGCAGCAUCCAUCCAUCCAUCCAUGAGUUGAAUCCCUUCUAUACCAUUUUAUUUUUACCUAUCAAACAAUCAUGUCUGAACUCCUUCUUCUGCUUCUCUCCGAGGUAACCGCCCCCACUUUCUAAUGCAGAUUUCCCUCUCUCUCUUUCCCUCUUUGUCUUUCAGAUUCAUCACCCUUUUUCUUUUUCCCUCUUCUGCAUAAAAUAAAAAUAAAACACCAUGAGCGUUCCUCCGCCGUAUGCGGCGGCGAUGUGGACGCCGUUCACGGCGGCACAGUGGCACGAGCUGGAGCACCAGGCCCUCAUCUUCAAGUACCUCAAGGCGGGUCUCUCGGUUCCCCCUGACCUCCUUCUCCCCAUUCGCAAGAGCCUCCAGUUGAUGUCUCAUCCAUCUCUGGGGUUUUAUGGGAAGAAGAUAGACCCUGAACCGGGUCGGUGCAGGAGAACCGAUGGGAAAAAGUGGAGGUGUUCGAGGGAUGCGCACCCUGACUCCAAGUACUGCGACCGCCAUAUGAUACGGCGGCGUUACCGUUCAAGAAAGCCUGUGGAAUCAUCUCAAACUCACUCUUCUUCUUCUUCUUCUUCUUCUUCUUCUGCUACUGCUGCUUCUUCAAAUUCAAAUCCUGUUGCUGGUGGUGGUGGUGGUUCUGUUGCUAAUGUUUCUGGAACUGCAACUGCUGCAAAAACCCUUCACACCCUUCCCUUGCACACCAAUGGUGCAAGGGAAGGUUUCACUUUCACCCUUGGGAACAACACCAACACCACCCUCCCACACCUUCACAUGAACCCCCUCACUCUUUCAGCUGACAAUACCAAGAAAACUUACAGGUUUGGACUGAACUCAGAAGCAGAUGAGCACAACGUCUUACAGAAAGAUCUGGGAAGUGUGAGGUAUCAAGGUUAUGACUUUACCUCAGAUGCCAUGUGGUCUCAAAUGUCUCACAUUCCAUCAAAUACUGUUUCGGAAUCAAGAAGUGGUUCUACUAUGCUGGGCAACUGCUUCCAACAUCAAACAAUGCGAGAUGCUGAGCUGUUGAACCUGGAAACGGCAAGGACCAAAGAUCUUGUCUUUAGUGGCCAGUUAAGUUCAGCUGGGGGUUUGAAACAGGAAUAUCAGUCUCCCCAGUCUCUCUUCAGUGACUGGGACUGGAAGAAGGAUUUAAGUUCCUCUGCCCUUGAGUAUAAGCCUAACAAGGAUUUUAACUGCAACCCAGAUGCCAAUGUUUGAUUAAAAUGGUUCUUUAUAAGGCUUGGAAGGAGUAUUUUUGUUUUGUGUCUUGACAUGUCAGCAUCCACCCGAAGGAAGCAUUUUAAUCAGGAACUGGUCCCCUACCCCUUUGUUUUUCCCCUAACCAAUGAAAUUACAAGUCCUCAGGCAGUUAUAAAUUUCCAUCCAUAGCUUUCAGAUACCCGAGGCAGUUAAUUUCGUGUUGUUCUCUUAUAUAAACUUAAAAUACUUGAAGGAGUUAUGCUUUCUUUAAAUGUAAACCUGUAAUAUUUGACUGUGUUUUUGUUGUUCUUUGUUGUAAUGUCAUGUAGUUUGAUUCUUGUCUCCUAUGAUUGUAGUUCCUUUGAUUGUUAGACAGAUUGUGCUAUUUUCAGGCAACAAGCAAGAUCACAAGUAUGUUUAAUUAUUGUA